GCGUUCUCGGAAGCAGGAGAGCUUUGGAUCCGUAGCUCCUUCCACUUCCAGAGUAGCUGUGGUGGCGGGAAAGACCCCUCCUCGAUGGGGGUCGGUGGGUGACGAGGCGAGUGUCAGCGGUGCGUUUCUGAGCCGAUAGAUUGGUGACUAGCUCCCACAGUUUCCGCUGGUAAGAAUAUCAAUGGAUAUUAUAAAGGGAAACUUGGAUGGAAUUUCAAAACCAGCCUCAAAUUCAAGAACACGUCCUGAGAGCAGAGGUUCAAAUGCUUCGUUGGAGGUGCUUUCGCCGGAGCCAGCAUCCCUCAAGUUGAACUUUGUUAAAGAGGGUCAUUCAGAAAGUGGUGAUACAGAGGGAAGUGGAAACAGUAAUGAUGAAAUGGGGAAAAACAACCCUGAGAAAACAAAAUGGGCUGAAGAGGGGUCAGCUGAAGAUCCGAACUUGGUGCAACAUCAGAUAAUCUCUAAAUGUUCAGAUGAACCCGAAAUGAAAGAAUUAGAUUCUCAAUUUCAAGAUGCUAUUCAGAAGUUAAAGAGGCUUGAUAAAAUAUUGGUGAAGAGACAAUACAGAGAAAAAGAAAUUAAGAAGCAAGGUCUAGAAUUGAGAAUAAAGCUGUGGGAAGAACUUAAGUCUGCAAAAAAUCGUGAAGCUUUGCCAAGUAAUGAGGAAAUGGAAAAUACAAAAAAGUUUCUAGCUUUGACUGCUGCAUCAGAAGAAACUGUUGAUCCUUCUCAUUAUGAGCCUGAAGACACCUUUUUCUCAGUGUUUCACACUCAAGUCCCUCCAGAAGAAUAUGAAAACCGUACACAGAAUGUCAAUCAAGAUUUUACCUAUGAUGUGGAAAGAAAUGAGUCAUUGAUCAAAGCAGAAAAGAAACCUUUCUCAAAUACGGAAAAGAUUGAGUUCAGGGGUAAACACAGCCACGAUUUUAUUAAGAGAAACAUUGAGUUGGCCAAGAAUUCAGGAAAACCAGUGGUUAUGAUUGACAAGGAGAAGAAAAGGCUGAUUGAACUUUUGAAGGACUUAGAUGAUAGAGAUUCGGGGCUGUCCAGUUCUGAGGGCGAUCAGCCUGGCUGGCUGGUCCCAGGAGAAGGAUACACACUUGCAGUCACCCAGCAUCAGCAGCUUGCUGAAAUUGAUACAAAACUCCAAGAGCUCUCUGCAGCCUUCUCAACAUCAUCCAGCUUUUCUUCAAGACUUGAAAAUCAAAACGAUCAGGAGACUGACCUUAAUGGUGAUGAUAGAAAUAUGGAAAUAACUCCAGGAGAAGAGGUACUUCGGAACACCAAAGAGGAACGGGAUCAGCAAAAUCGGCUGAGAGAGAUUGAUGAAAAGCUGAGACAGAUGAAGGAAAAUGUGCUGGAUUCAACAUCACUUCUCUCUGAGGAACAGUUAAGGUGUCUUCUGGAUGAAUGCACAUUUCAACAAAAAUCCAUGAUUAUGCUUUCUUCAGAAAGAGAGAAGAAAGACAUUGAGGAUAUAACACCUGAGUUCCCCCAGCUGUCCAGAUCUAUGCUCUCUGAGUUACUAACUGGGUCAGAAACAAAGGUCAGAAGCAAUGAGAUGGAAGACGCAACUAUGCCUGAGAAUUUAAAAUGUGAACCAUCUACAGGCUACUACCUCACCAAAGCCUUGACUGGGCAUUACAUGUCACAGGCUCUUGUCACCGAAGCUGAGAAUAUGGAAUGCUUCCAGUUUUCCGACGAUGAGGUUAUUAGUGAUACAAAAGACUAUUUUAUGUCGAAGACUCUUGGAAUUGGAAGACUGAAAAGGCCUUCUUUCUUGGAUGAUCCACUGUAUGGCAUCAAUGUGAGUCUUUCAUCCGAAGACCAACAUCUGAGACUCAGCCCUUCAGAGAAACCAAAAACAGAUGAACAGGAGACUGAAGAUGUGACAAAAGAAUGUAAAGAAUCUUAAGUAAAGACUUGCUGGGAUGUGCUUUAAGAAAGUUGGUAAAUGAAGUGAAAUUAUACUUUUUCUGAUUCUUUGAAUUCAGUGGAUGCAUUGUAGAGACCAUUCCUCAAAUAAUGAUUUUAAUGUUUGGAUUCACUCUUUCUGGAUUAUAUUUCCUUGAUAUUUUUGAGACUUGUGGUAUUAUUGUUUAAUAGUUUUUCUUCAUUGAAAUUCUUGAGAAAAUUGUUUUUUAUUGCUCAUCUUGCAACAUCAGGGAUACAUUAUAGAAACCAACAUUUUAUGUAUGUGUGUUAUUUUAAAACUAGUUGAAAUGCUAUGAUUGUUUUGUAUUUGAUUUUAUAUGUUACAACUUUAUUGUGAUUCAGACAGAUUUAAUCACUAUGAAUUCUCGUUUUGGCCCUGAUUUCUCUUUUUUCCUUUUCUCUCACGCCUGUUAAGUAAGUACAGUUUGCCAUAGAAAGAAAUGAAUUUUCUCAACAAAACUGUUAGAGUAGGUAGCCUUUACUAUCUUACUAGCAAUGAUACUUUUCUUAACCAGGAGUUUGAGUUAUUUGAUAUAUUACUUUCAGUUUUUUACCUUUUAGGGUUUGCCUUUUAGAAUGCAGCAA